AUGAUUAAAACAACUCCUCCACUGUAUCUUGCGGCAUCGCCUGUUGUUGUGCUCACAUGUAUAGCCAUUGCACCUCGAACAAGCUUAAUCCUCGUACUUUUACUAACUGCAUUUGGACUGGGAAGAAUCUGGGAUGUAAUGCAACUCCCGGCUGAAUCUGGUGCAAGCCGAGUUAUAUCUAUUAUAAAAAUGCAACCAUCAAAAGACGAUGAGCUCGUUCAACUUUUUCACCAAGAGCAAUCGGCUGCCCAGAGUCGCGCAGUUUCUCCAACAGCAGUGUCUUUACAGGUCAUGGCUUCAAUCGACAAACUCAUUUCAUAUAUAGUGCGUGAUUUUAUCAAUGGAUGGUACGUGAAGCUCAACCACUCCAACAGUCAAGAGUUUCCUGAAGCCAUACAUGUUUCAUUGAGAGAAGCGUUUGUUACUCUGGGAUUGUCUGCUAGUAAAAUGAAUCCUGUCAAUUUGGUCCUGGCUGUGAUUGGUGUUGUUCUAACGCACUUGAGAGAGUAUAAGCAUUUUGAAUCCACACAGCUUUCACUUGAUGAAUACAUUCAACAGCAUCCCAAGUCUGUGUUUUGUAGAUGCUCAACACCAGAGCAAGUCAAUGAGCAUCUAAGAGAUCUUUCGAUGCGAAUAUCGAUCCAUAUUCUUCCUCGUGCAGAUCGUUCCAGCUCGGUCGUGUUUGGCAUUGUGAGAGAAAUACUCGCUACUACAGUACUAUUAUCUGUUGUAAACAAAUUUUCCGAUCCAGAUUGGCUGAACAUGACGUUGCUGAAUGCAUUAAAGCCAAAACCUUCUAACGAUAUGCCAGCACCCACAGCCAAUGAAACGGAUUUUGUUGAUACAGGUGCUGAUACAGCAUCCAUCACAACAGGCGAAAUAAAGCGUGCAGCAAGUAUCGAAGAUUCUUUUUCAGAAACAGGUAUAUCAGAAACAACGUCUUUGGGACCUUCAUCGAUACAGCCACGACAUGUUUUAGAUACCACACGCCCAUUGUCAAUCUCCUUUUCAAUGUCUUCAGGAAAUUCCAUAUCCUUACCAAAGCGCCUAAAAUAUAUGACCAUACGAUCUAUAAACUCACUCAAGCGAUUGAGUUUGAGCUCCACAUCAUCAGCACUUACCACCAAAACUCAGAUCCACGUUAAAGUGUUGGAAUCGCGUCAGCUGCCAGUUAUAAGUACCCACCAGGUAUAUUGCACAGCAGCUGUUGGCACCCAGUCUUUCAAAUCUUCCAAAGUUCCGGCCGAGACUAAUCCAGUAUGGGACUUUUCAUGUUGGUUUGGUGUUCCUGAAGAAACGGGUGACGAUGUAAUGGAUGCUAGUAUUCGCUGUAUUGUGGUGGAUAUCAUCAGCACAAAAAACAUAUUUACAGGAGAGUUGAUUGGUACAGUACGAAUUGAACUGAAUGAUUUGGAGCCCAAUCGAAUCAAACGAGCCUGGAUACCUAUCGACACCACUCGAUCUCGUCUGGCUGUUUCUACCGAUGCCGAAAUGUUGAUAGAAGCUGUUUACAUCAACACGGAUAUGUUGGACGAUCUGGAAUCAACUGAUGAUGAAGACGAAGCGGGAUGUACUGAUCAUUCUGAUCGCGCUGAUACUGUAUUUGCACACAUGAAUGAUGCAAACAGUUUUACUUUUGCUCCAUCCAUUUCCAAUAUUGGUGGCAUUGCUGUCACUUCAUGGGACAUUCUCAAUAUAAAUGGAUCCGCUUAUGGUGCUUUGGAAAUGUAUACAGAAUUUCUUAUUCAAGGUGGACAUGCAGGACACAUUCGAAUCUAUCAUGAAAUGGAAGAGUUUGAGCGUGCAGCAAGAGGCGUGAUGUCGAAUUCUGUAGACAGCAAGUAUACCUCCAUUACUGAAUUGCACGAUUUGGCUUUACAAAUUGUAACCGAUAUUAGAAGUGCCAUCACACGAGACGUAUUACCCUUAUCAUUUGGCGACAUGAAUGAAAAUUUGGAAACGCUGAAUAAGGUGCGCAAAGAGAUUGAUGUUCAAAUUCAUCCAGAAUUAUUCAAAUGUCUACAGGAACGGAUCGAAGCCUAUUUGGAUUCAUUUAUGCUCGAGACUUUCAAACAAACUGAAACGUUUAUCAAGUUUGUGCAGAAUGAUGGAUUAAAACCCGUAGAACCAGUACAACCCACGAGUGAAUGUAAACCUAUUGAAGAUCCUUUAUUUAUCAAAGCUGUAGACGACUCUGAUUUUUCUAGUGUUACGACCAGCAAAGAUUUAAACAAUAGUGACACGAGCUUACCUGUCUCGCUUGAUUUGGAUGUUGGCCAUAAACAUUUUCGCAGAGACAACAUCAAGACGGCAAUUCAAGCUACACGAGAUCGUAUUUCUGUCAUUGGCGAGAGCAUAAGUACUGCAGAUCCAGACACGCUUCAGACACUUUUGGAGUCGAAAUUUGCUUUGCAAACUGAUCUUGAUUCUUUGAUGGAAAUGCUAUCAGACGAAGAAUUUCACCACGAAAGCUUAGAGGGUAAGCAUACGAGUAACGCCAGCUCUAAGCCCAUUGACAGUCUUGACUCUUUUGUAUUUGUUGAUUUGGAUGGCGUUUCUAUUGGCAUUGUUGAUGCGGUAGAUGAAGCUGCUACUACACUUACGCAGCGACCUGGACGAUCCGAUAGUCUCCUUCGUCUUGGAUCCAUUAUUAAUGCCACUGGAGUAAUAGCAGCUCAAACCCUAGGUGCAUCAACUUUAUCCACUAAUCUUGGUGGUGGUCAUUCUACAUCCUCGACACCGUUUGUUGCGUUUGAAUUUAUUGUGACCAUCAAAUCUCGUGAAGAUGAUACAUGGACACUAGUCAAGACCUAUGAAGAAUUUGAACGUCUUCAUCGUUUGUUAUGUGUUCAUUUUAGCAAAGCAAAUGCGAUUACGUUUCCAGCUCGGCCUCCACUUGAAGGUUUGGUUGAUAUUUCAAACGAUAUCUCCAUGACAUCUACUGCAGCGUCUAUUUUCACUGGUGGAGCUUUUUCCACAGCGAGCCAUGCUGCCGAUGCAAUAGAGCGACACACUCUACGGAUCAAUGCACGUAAGCAUCUUGCAAGCGAGUUGGAGAUGUAUUUGAAACAGAUGGUUCAAGAUACGGUUUUAAGACUAUCUACUCAAGUGAUCACAUUUCUCAGUAAGCCAGCAUCUGUUCAUAGUUCUGGGGAUGCAACACCUACUUCGGCAUCGCUUCGACAUGUUGGCUCAAACGGUGAACUGGGGAAUAUGAUGCUCAGAGCAUUCAAGAGUGCAGGAUCUGCAUUAAAAAAAGUUGCUACUGUGGGAGAUGGUAAUAGUAGUUUGGGGACUUUAAGCACCAUUUCACAAUCGUUAAGUAAUGAUACCAGAUCCUUUACAGACUCCAAGUCUUCUGUUGCUAGUGUAGUCCAUCCAACGAUUGCGCAAUCUGAUUCUCAAUCUGAUUCUCAACCUGAAACUCCAACAUUAAACGUCGCGCAGCCUGUAAAUGCUGAAUGGACUUUAUUGGAAGAAUCUGAUCAACCCAACACCCAGCAUUUAAAAUCCCAUGAAACGCUUCCUGAAAAACAGCAUCUCUCUCAAAGUGAUCUUAAUGUCAUUCUCGAGUGCACUAUUAGUGCUAUUGAAGAGGUGUUUCAACUUACUUCUCCAACGCAAUGGAUUCGACAGCAGUCGCUUCAUGUUGUCCGUGUGGUGUUGUACCAAACGUAUGGGUCCACCAUUUCAUCUUGGAUGCAGAGAAAAGUGGAAGGAGCAAUGUCUGAAGAAAGCGCAAUCAAGUGUCUUGAUGGCAUAAGUGGAGCUUUAUGGCCCGAUGGAAGAGUUUGGGGAUCAAAUAUAACCCAUGAAGAAGGAGUUUCUCCACAAGUUAGAAAUGACGACGACAAGAGAGAUACGCGUAUUUCAGCCAAGUCGGUAUUGAUGGUUGGUGGUGAAGAAGAUCCUAUUUCUCCAUCGCCCAUCAAAGCUAAAUUGGAUACUCUUGCUAGAGUCGUUGGAAAGCAAAAUGCGUCUGUUGGGCUUGCUAGAAUAUUUAAUAUGAUCCAAGUCCAGCGAUUAAAUAUAUCUCUACUCUGCUUACUUCUUGAAUGUAUUGUCAAAAAUGUUCUUAACCAAUAAACCUUUUU